AUGUGGCUUGACGAAAGCAUUGCUUGUUUCAACAGUCUACAGCCAAGUAUCUGUGAAGACGACAUGUUAGCUAUUUCCGACAUCUGUAAGGCCCUCCAUCUCCCCCAAAAGACUCUGGCCAUUUCCAACCACAUUUUCUUUGCCGCAAAGGCAGAGAGUAAAAUAGAGCCAGACGAUGUUGUUCUUAUUUCCUCGGUUAUAAAUUUAGCAUGCAAGAUUUGUGAGACACUCAGACCAUUAGAAAAAAUUAUGCAUUUGGCAUCAAAGCAUUACUCGAUUGAAAUAGACCAGUCCAUUAUGGAGCUGUACACAACUUCAAUAAAUAAAACGGAAAUAGAAUUGUCGGUUGUUCUUGAUUUCAACUUUGAGAUUUCAGAGAUUUAUACAAGACUUGAAAGGCUUUGUAAGGAAAAGCAGUUUGACUCAGUUUUUAGCAGAAGAUGCUGGAUUAUGCUCAAUGAUAUCAUGCAAACUCCCUUGUCGAUAUAUUUUACGAUUGACGAGCUUUUGACAUGUACGAUCUUUACCAAUUAUGUUGCUAGUGAGCUAAAAAAUGAAAAAACGAUGGACGAUGUGGAAAUGUAUGAAAUAUUCAGCGAGAAAUACAAACUCACGACUGCAUCUUUUAGCUGUAUUGAAUUUAUGUCCAACAAGCUACUAGAGUUGUACUCGACAUCAAAUUAG